GCGCUUGCUCAGCGAGCCGUCUCCACACGCAGUCCACUCCUUCAAUGGGACCCCGAUACGGUCAAGGACUGUGUGGAAUGGUACAAUAACGGCGAAGGCAAGACUUGCGAAUACGUGCUCGAGAUCUACAACAUCACUCCAGCAGAGUUCUAUGAAUGGAACCCUUCAGUCGGCCCUGAUUGCAAGGUCUGGCGUCGGCAAUCCUAUUGCCUCAUCACUAAAAGAAAACUGGACGCCUUGAAACCAACGACAACUUCCUCCGAGGUGACCUCCACCACCACUACGAGCACAACUUCUUCUUCUCUCGCGCCUUCCCCUACCGCCUGGAAAGCCUUGGGAUGCUACGCUCAGAAUCCGACCCACCCACUCCUCCAGCUGAAUACGAAUGCAAACGGGGAUGCAUCCCUGACUAUUCCUAAGUGCAAGCAAAGCUGCUACCGCCGCGCCUUUAACUUCGUAGGUGUGCAGGAAGGCAAUCAGUGUUUGUGCGGCAACUACGUAAACGGCGAGUGGACAAAGAAUCAGACUGACUGCAACAUUCCUUGUACUGGCAACAAGGCGGACAUGUGUGGAGGCAAGGGCGUUGUCAACGUUUUUGAGGCAUUGGAGAACGCUACACCAGCCACCACUACCGCUAAGAGCGCGAGUGUCCAGGCCGCUACGGCGAGCAAUGGGGCCAUA